CGCUCCGCAGCUUCCCGGCCGGGUCCCCGCGCCCGCCGCUCGCCCGCCCGCGCCCGGAGCAUCCCCGAGCGGCGCGUCCCCGAGGCCAGCGGGCCGGCCCCGUGCAGCAGCCCGUCGCGCCCACCCGCCGCAGCCGCGCGCGGUGCCAUGCCCUUCCUCGGGCAGGACUGGCGGUCCCCCGGGCAGAGCUGGGUGAAGACGGCCGACGGCUGGAAGCGCUUCCUGGACGAGAAGGGCGGCAGCUUCGUGAGCGACCUCAGCAGCUACUGCAACAAGGACGUGUACAAUAAGGAAAACCUUUUCAGCAACCUCAACUAUGACGUGGCAGCCAAGAAGAGAAAGAAGGACAUGAUGAACAGCAAAACCAAAACUCAGUAUUUCCACCAAGAAAAAUGGAUCUACGUUCACAAAGGAAGUACCAAAGAGCGCCAUGGCUACUGCACUCUCGGGGAAGCUUUCAACAGACUGGACUUCUCAACUGCCAUUCUGGACUCCAGGAGGUUUAACUACGUAGUGCGGCUGUUGGAACUGAUAGCAAAAUCCCAGCUCACAUCCCUGAGUGGCAUCGCCCAAAAGAACUUCAUGAACAUCUUAGAAAAAGUGGUACUGAAAGUCCUUGAAGACCAGCAAAACAUUAGACUAAUAAGGGAACUACUGCAGACGCUCUACACGUCCUUAUGUACACUGGUCCAAAGAGUCGGCAAGUCUGUGCUGGUCGGGAACAUUAACAUGUGGGUGUAUCGAAUGGAGACGAUUCUACACUGGCAGCAGCAGCUGAACAACAUCCAAAUUACCAGGCCUGCCUUCAAAGGGCUCACCUUCACCGACCUGCCGCUCUGCUUACAACUGAACAUCAUGCAGAGGCUAAGUGACGGGCGCGACCUGGUCAGCCUGGGCCAGGCGGCCCCCGACCUGCACGUGCUCAGUGAGGACCGGCUGCUGUGGAAGAGGCUGUGCCAGUACCACUUCUCGGAACGGCAGAUCCGCAAGCGAUUAAUUUUGUCAGACAAAGGACAGCUGGAUUGGAAGAAGAUGUAUUUUAAACUUGUGCGAUGCUACCCACGGAAAGAGCAGUAUGGAGAUACCCUUCAGCUCUGCAGACACUGUCACAUUCUCUCCUGGAAGGGCACUGACCAUCCGUGCACAGCCAAUAACCCAGAGAGCUGCUCCGUCUCACUUUCACCCCAGGACUUUAUCAACUUGUUCAAGUUCUGAAACCCAGCACAUGACAACACUUCACAAGGGUUCCCCAGCUGAUUGGAUGGUUGGGAAUACAGAGUUUGGACGCUUCGUUUGUAAAUAGUGUACAUUUUAAACAUUGGCUUGAAACUUCCAAGAUAAGUCAUGGAGAGGACAUUGGAGGGGCGGCGUGCAGUUGCUGGCUGGGAAUUUAAGAAUAUGGACUUCUUGUUAGAAUCGGUAUGGAAAAGCAGAAAUACUGUAAAUAAACUUUUUUUUUCCUAAUGAUUUUCCA